AAUGUUGUUUCAUAAUUACUACGUAACAAUCAUACACAAAACAAAACAAAAAAAAGAAAUAAUAAUCCCAAAUUCGUUAUCGAUAUUGUUUAAAAAUGAAGAGAUCAGCAACUCUCCCUCUAGUUCUAACGCUAUUAGUCCUCGUUAGUUUUUGCAGUACUACUUUAGGUCAGUCGUAUGCAGAUUUCUUACCUCUUUGGGAACCAUUGUUAUCCGAAGAAGCAUAUGAUGCCACAACUCCAAGCCAAGCACCCAUAGGCAACGAUGGGGAGGGUGAACCACCUUGUUUGGUGACGGCCGGUAUAUGUGAUGAUGACAAAUGCAAUGAUGAUUGCCAAAAAGAUUAUGGUCAAGAUGGAGGGUGUAUGGUGGUUCCUGAUAGGAAUAUUUGUUGCUGUGGUAUGUAAACACAUGCAUUAGGAAUUACUUACUAUCAUUUGGCCUUAUAAAAAUAACACAAUUAAAUAAACAUAUAUUUCUAUAUCAUCCGAAAUCCUCCGUCAUCCCCGGCUUACCUACCUACUCCUAUGUAUAUUCUCACAGUCUAAUAAGAGACGAGAUGUAAUAUUUUAUCCUCGUCAUCAUCAGUAAAAGUGUAAAACAACCCGGCCUCAUCCUCACAAUUUCAGGCCCUUUUAAUUUUGUAUUUCAUUCAUUUUUUAAAUAUAAUUAAAUAGUUUAAUUUGUAGUUUUGUACAACAUUGUAACUGAAAUUUACUUGCAGAUAUAAAUAUCUGAGAAUGAUAUACCCAUUACAUGUCUUGUGGA